AUGAAUGAUAAUUUAGAGAAUAUAUCAACAAUUGAUCUUUUGAAUGAAUUGAAAAGAAGAUAUGCAUGCCUAAGUAAACCAGAUGGUAGAUAUAUUUUUUUAGGUGCUCCAGGAUCAGGAAAGGGAACACAGUCUUUAAAUUUAAAAAAAUCUCACUGUUAUUGUCAUUUGUCUACUGGUGAUUUAUUAAGAGAGGCAAUAGAAAAAAAAAGUGAAAUAGGAAAUAAAGUAAAAGAUAUAAUGAGUGAAGGAAAAUUAGUAGAUGACGAUAUUGUAUUAUCCCUAGUAGACGAAAAAUUAAAAUCUCCUCAAUGUAAAAAAGGGUUUAUUCUAGAUGGGUAUCCUAGAAAUGUAAAACAAGCAGAAGAUUUGAAUAAAUUAUUACAAAAAAAUCAAACUAAACUAAAUGGAGUUUUUUACUUUAACGUUCCAGACGAUGUAUUAGUUAAAAGAAUAAGUGGUAGAUUAAUUCAUAAACCCUCAGGAAGAAUUUAUCAUAAAAUUUUUAAUCCUCCAAAAACUCCAUUCAAAGAUGAUUUAACUGAUGAACCCUUAAUACAAAGAGAAGAUGAUAAUGAAGAAGUUUUAAAAAAAAGAUUACAUAUUUUUAAAAAUGAAACAACACCUUUGGUAAAUUAUUAUGAAAACAAAAAUUUAUUAAUUAAUCUGGAUGCUACACAGCCACCACAAGAUCUAGAAAAGAAAAUAUCGCAACAUAUAGAUAAUUAA